AUGCACGAGGUGCACGAUGUCGAACACGAAUUCUCUCUCCCACGUACGUCAGCGCGCGACCGCGAUCGUUACCGAUUGUUGGGUAACAUGACGCGACGACCGGUUUGUCGGGGGCCGCAAAACGGCUCGGCUGGCUGGAGGCCAGACGCCGGAAAGAAGGGCGACGCGCGAAGUCGACCAGCUGACCCAAUGUGUCCGGAGGACGAGUAUGACCUCGAUGGAGUUUUAUCGAAUAAUGUUAGAGCUUCCAGGAUAGAAAGGGAUCUGGAGGGAGUGACCACGGUCCUCUUGGUACCGGCACGUCCUGGAAAGUCCGUACCACCUGUUGGAAUAUUGACAAAAACGGCACGAACGUUCGUGCAAGAUGGUGCGAGUACAGAAUUCGCCACUCAGGUUCUGGGCACGACCUUGGAUAACGGUCGCCUCUACGCGAGAAUUCUAUCUACGUCCAGCAGAGUGUUCUAUGAUAGAGAAUCGGCGCCGGAUCCGUCGAGUCCCUACAUCGUUUACCCGUCGAGGGCGCCGGAAAAUGAUUGGCGGCUUCGGGUGGCCCUUGACAACGCGCCAAUCAGAGCUAUCGAAGAGAUCGAAGUGCUGAGUGGCGACAUUGACGCAGAAAAGAAAAAGGAAUUCGGGAAUACCUCGAAACUGGACGAACUGUCUAAAGAAAAUGACAUAUUCAAUAAAAGAGAGCUGAACGUGGACACGCAGAGAUUUAAACCGGCGAAAGUUCGACCAGCCGAUAAUCUGCCCACUUACACCGUCAAACACGAAUACGUGUCGAAUAACUUUGAUUCGCUCGACGAUGCGCAGUCGAAGACCUUCAGGCCGCGAGUGCCGAAGAUCUUUAAACCGCAGGUGAAAACUCCGCCGCCGAGGAAGCUGGAUAUAAAGCCUCUUGCCACGGUGACCUACCACGGCUUCGCGGAUUUCACGACCACGGUCGGCGACACCGUCAUCGUUUUUUCACCGAGCACGUCGCCGGCGCCCAUGGGACGUCCCGCCACCACGAUCAAAGGCGACGCCACCCUUCGUCCGGAUGACGGUGUCGCGGUAUCGAAGAUCCGGCCUACCACCGUGAUGGAACACGCGAGAACCGAUCGGCCUUACGAGGGUGAUCGGAAGCACGGCUCGGACGAUCAGUUUCUGAGCGCCAUCAAUCGCGGCAACAUUCAGCCAAGCGUCACCGAGGAAAUCGAUGCCGAAUCGUCCAAGAGAUCCACGGAACCACUACUGCUGGUGCCCGAUGUCGAGACGGGAUCGUUGAAGCCGACGGGUCUUCUGAAAGUCGUCGAUUCCACUACCUCGUCGGACGGUACCACGACUCAUUAUAAGAGCCACAUUUAUGGCACGUAUAUUGGCACGAAUUAUGCGCAAAUCAUUCACACAUCUUCGAACGUGUACUUCUUCCCGGAUGAUGCCACCGCAACGUACGGUGAUGACACAACCGUGGAUUACGGUACGACCGAAACGGAAUCCGACGAUCAGGAUACUACGGUCGAAUUGCCUUCUACCACGCCGACGACCAUCACGACCAGCGAAGACGAGAUGAAUGAACUGACUACGCCGUUGAGAGGCACGACCGACAGUGUUUUAACGACACUGAAGGACAUCUUAGAAAGCGCGAGAAGAGUAUUGGGAACGACCGAAUCGGUGCUACCGACUUUAGACGAUGAAAUUCCUAACGACAUCGUGCCAGGAGAUCCUCAGGGUCGUAGCAUCAAAGGCGGAUCUUCACAAAAUAAUCUUCGACCCGGACUUAAGCACGGAUCUGGUUCAGACGCGGAAGAGAAAGCGACAUUAACUACUAGAUUAUUACCGUCCACCGUCUACAAGACAUUCACGUACUUCACAACCUUCUUCAUUCCGGGCGACAGCGAUCAGACUACGACUUCGAUACGUUCUCGGGAGGUAGUCUCUUCCGAGGUAACCUUCUUGACAGAAUUAAUUCGACCUACCUCGACCAAAAAUUUGAUUCGUCCUACUACUUCUUUGCCGUCAGGCACAAGGCACCGAACACCGAGCCUGCCUGAUGAAAUCGAAGAAGAGCAAACUACUAAACAAGAUGAGGAGAUAGAGCUCAUUUUCAAGACCCUAUAUACGACGUAUACAUAUUUAACGACGUUCUUCCAAGAGAAUACAUCUAGCGUGUCUAGUCGGCAAGUUGUCGAGACUAACGUUAUCACGCAGACUGUUGGGCCAAACGGUGUUUCCGCUGUCGUCGCCAGUCUCUUCGGAAAAGAUGAAUCCGCUCUAAUAUCGCCAACGACGAUAUCGCAAAAUAUCUUACCGUCGGUAAUAACGAACGCUCGUACUCCUGAGGAGUUUAACAAAGGCACCGAGCCUGACGAGACGACGGAAGGAGGUCUAACUACUUUCCAGCAACAGGAUACCACGGUAAACGAGAACGUUCCGACGGAAUCCAUUACGACUGUUGAUGAUUACGAGACGUCCGAUGGAUGGACCACCGAUUUAGAACCUAGUCCCACUCCAGCUAUGGCGAGCGCAGCGGUAAAGGAACAGGUGAAGACGUAUUAUACGACGUACACGUACUUUACCACUAUUUUUGUGGACGACGAGACAGAAAUCGAGACGCGAACCGAAGUCUUCACUAACGUCGUUACGGAGACUAUAACACCAACCAAGGUUCAAUCGGCUCCGCAGAAAACGGCUCGGCCAACGUCACCGAGAUCUGAACCUGCCGAAAAUAAGCCUGCACCUCCGCCAGAAAUUUUAGCUUAUCUAGAAGCUCUUCAACGUCAGAAAUCGCAAGAAGAGGCACUUUUAUUAGCAAAAAAAGUCCAGCAAGCUAACACCGAUCAAGUAACGCGUCCUGACGAAACUACUGAAAGCAAUACCGAGACUACGACAGAGGUGCCUACCACCUUGGAGGAUCGGCCCACAACUGAGCGUCUGUUCCGCAACUUCCAAGUAGGCGCACAAGUAACGCCCAAUCCUCCAACCGACGUGGAAGUUCUAGGCUCUAUGAUCACGGACGUCGUGUCCUCUUCCAGCUCUGGUGGUGGCACUGUUUUAGACGUGGACAAGAGAAACAUCGUUCCUGAGGAUCAGGAAUUGUCGGAGUCUAAUAACCAUGAGGUAGAGCCCGCACCGACGUUGCUUCUGCAGACCAGCUACACGACUUUCACGUACUUCACGACAAUGUACAAGGGCGACCAGACGAAUGUCGCCAGUCGUUUGGAAACAGUUACGAAUGUUGUCACGGAAACUUUGAGGCCAUCCCUCGUGGUGCCGGUUCCAACCAGCACACAACCGGUAACAUAUUUCACGACCUUUACAUAUUGGACGACGUUCUACAAGGGUGGUGAUACCAUAACCACCAGUCGCGAGGAGACAGUCAGCAACGUUGUCACCCCGGGCGUCUCGCCCACACCUACAGUGGAGCUCGGCGUGAUAAUGACUUACACGCCGACUGUAAAUUCGCCAUCGGAGGACGAAUCAGCUAACGAAGAGGAGUCCAAGAUCACGGCUGAUAACGAAGUGACACCUCUGGGCAGCGGUGUGCCUGAAAAAUCUAUCACGAACGAACCGAUUGCAACCAAACCUGAUAACCAGAGCGCCGUGAACGCUUCGUCAAUUUCGCCCGAGCCCACGACCUUCUACACUACAUUCACUUACUUCACUACAUCUUACGUCGGAAAUGAGACGAUCUUGAACAGUAGAUUGGAGACAGUAACUAGCGUAUCGAUACCAGACAUUGCGACGCAACAGGCGACUGGCCGCGCGAUCGGUGGACCUGUGUAUCCGUCGAUUCAGACAAUAAAUACUGACGAGAAAACCGUGAAACCGUCUAAGGUGACCGAUUCGUUGAAAACGGGCUUGAUUUCGACGAUACGUUCGAGCGAAGUACACCAAGAUACCACGACUCACUACAUGACAGAUGUAUACGGUACUUACAUAGAUGGAUAUUACGCUCGAGUGGUAAAGAGCUCGACGAGACUAGAAACUCCGCCGUUAUCUUCUUCGUCGAUAGCCACGCCGGUUCUUCCUACGGGAGUUCUAUCUUUGAAUAAAGGAAGCGUGGUAGAUGCCGACGAAGUCACCACCGUUUACUUUACGACUAAACAAAUCGGCACGCUUUUCGAGGGUACCUACGCUAAGGUGAUCGAAAGUACGUCAAGCACGAAGAUAGACGAGGAAAGAAAAGCGAGUAUUCCGCCGACUCAGGGUCACCGAACUGGCCUCGUACGCUUGAUUCAAGGCCAGAUGGAGAAUAACGGUACCACCACGUUUUAUCAAUCGAAAGUGAUUGGCACGAGCAUUGAAGGAAGAUAUGCUCAGAUUAUCGAAAGUACUUCUAGCUUCUUUGUACCGAGUUCCACGGCGAACAUCGCGCCGACUUCCACGCUACCUCCGAGUCAAUCGACAGGUAUUCCGGGAGUAUCACCUUCGCCCGCCGUUAUUCAAUCCUCUUUAUCUGAAGAACACACAGAUUCUGCUGAUGAAGACGAGGAUUCCGGUCAGGAUGAGGAAGAUGAUGAGGAGGGCGAGGAAGACGAUGACGGACAAAGUUCUAAAAAGAAAUCACGAUUGACAUUCUCCACGAGAAAGAGAACUUUCACACCUGUGAUAAGGCCGUUCGCCUCCAGGAACAGACCGACCUUCAAUCCGAAACGCAAAGGCGCGCAAGCCGCGACGACUAUUACCAGAACGGACAUAACUCCGACAAUAACUGCCACUUUGGCCGGUAAGGGCAACAGGUUUGCAUCAUCGCGGGGUCGCGUCACAUCGCCAAUCGGCCCGUACUCCUCGACGUUAUCUCCGUCAGGUUCUUCCAGAAGAUUUUCAGGCAGACGCGGAACCGCCACUACUACUUCGAGCUCGGCAUUUCCAGCGGGCAGUACCCGAGGCAGAGUACAACCCAGAAUAACCCCGUCGUCCGUGUUUCAAAGCAAUCGACGCGGUCCCACGUCGGUGAGAGGAUCCUCCUCCAGAGUUGCAACUCGCGCUUCGAGUUCCGCGUUUCCCGGUGCCUCGUCGAGAUACCGUUCAGGUAUUCGACCGUCGUCGACGUUACUGAGAGGGCAACCUACUGCCAAACACGACGAUCAAGAGAACGACGCGAAUGAGUUUACCACGACCACGCUCGUAACGGAUGAGACGCCGUUUACAGAAGACUUCGACGGUGAAACCGUCACCACUCCUCUGCAAACUACGACAGAAUCAUCUAGAAGAUCGACGAAUCCGCUCCUGAGAUUCCGCAGACCUAUUAAUUUAAACAGCAACGGCAGAACGGUAACUACCUCAAGACCACCGACGACUACAACUCCGAGACGAUCGGGAAAUUUAAAUAGGCCAAGCGCGCCAACGGUUCCUAGAGUAACCAAUGGACGAACGAAUACCAGAGCAACUCCUCCGGUAUCUACGAGAACGCGACCGAGUAAUACAGGUUUGUUCCCACCACGUGGAUUUCUCGGCAGAAAGCAAGAAGUAGCUACCGAAGAGCCAACCGAAGCAAAUGAGGGACAAACUGAAAGUAACGAAGGUUUCGAGGACGAGCCCGUUGAAGAAAUAUCGGACAAUGAUUACGAAGGAUCGGAACAUGAAGACAGAAGAUCUAACGCGAAUGUGAAUCGUCGUUCUGGAAAAGCUGCUGGACCCGUCGUACAAAUUAGACCUUUCGGAGCUAGAACAAGAAGAGUUCGUCGUCAGGCUAGCCAGUUGAGGGCAUACAGCAGCCGUUUUCGUAGACCCGCUCAGUCCUCUUCUGCAAAAGCGGAAGAGAGAUCUGAUUCAUUAGACGUCGCAGCGAAUAAAGAAGACACUAUAAAAGUAGCAAAACCUAUCGCUCGUUAUAAUAAUCGCGCGCGAAGUUUAACGUCACCACAACCGCAGAAGACAUCUAACAGUCCCGAUCAAACAGCGGAAACGUCGGAGUUAUCGAAUCAGCAGAGUAAACCCAGAACCAGAUCAAAGCAGCCUAAUGGAAAUAGAAAUGGAUCUGUCAGAAUAAAACCAUCACCGGCAUCAAAUAAUGGAAGGCAGUUUACAUUAAGGGAAAAGGACUCAUCUUCGAACAGAUCAACGUACAAGAGGCCAACUACCAGUCCGAGAACGAACGGUAGAUCUACAAGUAAACCCGAAAACGGAAGAGUGAGGCCACCGAGACUUCGAAAUGAAUCUACUAAAUCAACGGGAUCAACGAAUUCUCGAAGAGUAUCGUCGUCUCGCUCAAGAUCGACGAACGGAAGAAACGGGAACAACAGGAGGGUUUCUACAAGAGGUAGAGGAUCUUACGAGGACAUUCGGGAAGCGCCUACCGUAUAUCCGAACUACGACGGCACCAUAACUGUGACGCAUUAUGUACCGACGGAGGUAACAAUUCCUGUGGUGAACAACGGCGUCACGGAACAUCGAAAUAUUGUAACGGCACAACCUAGCACUGAAGUCCUCGGGCCCUCUCAGUAUAGCACGGUAACAGUUGGAGACGGAAAGCCGCUCGUGGUGAUCGUUAGCGAAGUAACGGGUACCAAUGUUCAAGGCCAGGCCGAGGUUACACGAUUCUUGCUGCACGAGACACCCACCACUCGUAUCUCGCACACCCUCACGAGCCUCGGUGGCCGUCGCGUCUCUCAAUCGGUUAUUAUACCCACGACGGUAUACUCCGUGGAGAACAUAGUUUCUACGGUACAGCCUUCCUUGCCCGGCAACGCUCCCCUCGCCAAUAUUCUUCUCUCGCAAUUACUUCUGGGUCAAUUAGGUCAACCGAAUCCUCUGUUACAAACCCAAGCUACACCCACCACGCAGUAUAACACACGCACCACCUCCUACGUCACUACAAUAACGAAACAUCAGAGCACUAUCAUUCCCCUCACCUUUCGCGGGAAGGAGAUUCUGACGACUUUGGUCGAUUCCUCGACCGACGUCGUUACCGCGACGGAAUUCAUCACGGACACCGUCGUGGUGACCCCAACGGUCGCGAUACCGGCGGCCAACAUAAAUUCCCUCCUGUUGUUGCUGCAACAACCGCAGACGCAACCGCAGAACCCCAAUCCAUUGCUGGAUCCUCUGUUCGCGGCUGCUCCGUUCACGCAGAGUAACACCUUACCGGGCGAAGUUGAGAGAAGACAUCAGCCGGCCGAUUCCGACUACAGGCACGACAGCUACGAGUAUGACGAGGAGGACGACGUGGAAGACUAUCAGAAGUCAUCCAGGCCACGCGGGCGCGGUAAAUCGAACGACAAGAAGAAGGAGACCAAGGCCUCCGCAGCCAAGUCAAAAGUUGAAUCUAGCGUGGUGACGCUCUACGUUUCCGGCCGCAGACCCGGGGAAUUCAGCACUGUUCUGAGUACCGUGAAAAUCGACGAUUCCGCCACCGCGUCCAGAAGACGAAGAGACGCUUCGGAAGGAGCGGUCGAGGUUCGACCUUCCGUACCGCCGUCGUUGCACGCCGGACCGGUAGCCGUUGCCAUUCUGGCGGGAAGCGAAGAUAUCGACUCACACGCACCAACACAAAGUCUCGAGAGCGUAGUGGAUGAGCGGAACGCCUUUGCAGGUAAUCUCUACGGUGAAUCGGUGCAAUACGGAAGUAGGAAUAUUGAACUCAACAGAGAAGGUACCGUUGACACAUGGUCCACAAGUGAGGAUUAUAUAAAUAACGGAAGGAUCAACGAUGAUGACGAAUCUCUUGGAGAGGCACCGCGAAAGCGUGUUAGAAUUCGAGUACCCGUCGUGCGUAGCAGAACUGCUAGGCAACAUAAGUUUACGGUCGUUAGACGUAGACCCUUGACACCUUUGACACCUCGCGUCACGUCUACCACGCAUGCACCGCGAAGAAUCGUGGUGACGCGUGUCAGAACUCUCGGAUCGGGCAGCUCGAUUUAUCCGACCGACGCACCGGCAGAAUACGGCAGUUAUCAGUCUACUGGUUUUGGAAGGCACAAAGUAACUAUAACAAGGCGUAGAAAGCUUCAAUCUACGCCGACGUCAAGCAAAAAUAAAGUUAGAGUUACCAGAAAGAAAUUAGUCGCGGUGCGUCCGAUACAACCGACGUCGACUUUUGCCGUUAUCACUACUGGAUUCUUCACCGCGCCUUCUUCCGAAUACGAUGAGUAUUCAGAUGAGGAAGAGUACGAGGUUGUUAAAGGAAAAGAUCAUUCCGUCGUUACUCCCGGUCUCGAAGAAACGCCGAACCUUAUUGACAACAAACCAGACGAGGAGGCGAGUCUUGUAUCGUUGGAUGCCAGCUCUGCCGUAUCUAAACAAGGCAUAUCAGACACGCCGGUGAUUAUCACCGACAAUUUUUUCUUUCCUCCGUCUGACAACGAGGAAGAUGAAGAAUAUGAAGAUGACACAAGUACUACGACUGAAAAUGCAAAUAAAAUUACAGUUUUAAUGAAAGACGAGCAUCCCACAAUUUCUCCCGAGGACGAAGAUAAUAUUGUGUCUAAUAAGAGCGAUGUUGAGAGUGACAAUAUUACUGUAACGACACCGAUCAGCCAAACUACAUCAGCAAAACCGUCCGAGGAGCAGACAAUAAAAACGCUUCAAGAAUCCGAUAAUGCAUCGACAAGUAUAACAGAAUCGGUACCAACUACCGAACUUACACGUAUUCAAGAAGAUGGUGACGAUAAAUUAGCACCAAAAGAGCAAACCACUACCAUUGCCACUCUUGAAGAGCAAACUACUUUCAUGGACAUCACUACAAAUGUGUUCGAUGAAUCCACGAGCCUCCCCGAUAAAGAAAACAUUACGACGGAAGAGCAUAUUUCAUCAGUUACCGAAACGAUAGAAAGUAAAGGACAAGAAUCAAUCGAAGCUCCUGAAGAUUCUACAGAACGUAACGUGAUGCCCGAAACGAUCAGUGAGAACCCGGAAGAGAUACCGACAGUGCAUCCCAUUCAACCGGAUGUCAUAAUUGAUUCUAAUUCGACCCAGAUUUCUCUAAUCGGAACGGUCGUCCCAUCUGAUAUCGCGAUCGCGCCGAGCUUCGAGAGCGUUAUACCGCUUGAGACUACGAAAUCACGCGACACCGCUACGUCAAAUUAUCUCGACGACUCGUACGUACCAAGCGUGAUACCCCUCGGCUCAAAUUAUACCCGCGGAACUAAGUCCUCGUCGGUCUCCGCGACGAAAGUCACGAGCGAGAUCGCUUCGCCUACGCCGGAGGAGAUCGAGGCCGGGCUAGCGGAUGAUCUCUAUCUGUCGUUGUCUCGUCUCGAUUUCCCCGAGAUCUUGCCGUCGAAGUCGAGCACGAUCGAUCUAGAGACCAAAUCCACGCCGGACCUCGCGUUGGAGCCCAGCACGAGCGUUUAUUACACGGAGACGGUAGUGACGUCGACGCGACUGAGGACGUAUACGUAUGUGGUGACGCAACUUAACGGACUGGAGACUAAAGUGACAUCGUCGACGACCGUACGACCGAGAGUGACGACACUUACGUUGACGGUGCCGGUCACGGUGACUGUCACUCCUACCGUGGAGUCGUCAGCCGGCUUCGUAUCAUCUGUGUAUAAUCCAGUACCCGUUGCCGGAGAAUACGAGGCGAAGGAUGAGGAAGAGGGGCGCAGGUUCAAUUUAGCGACCCGCGUAAUGUCGAAUGGUGUGGAAGUCAUUGUCGCCGGGCCGACUCCGGCUCUACGAUGGGAAAACUCGAAUCCACAACCCACCCUCACCUUGUCAGAAGCGGUGGUCAUGCUCCUGCCACAGGAUAAGCCGAACGAGUUUGUCACGAAAACUUGCACAACAACUUUCACGUACCUCAACACAAUUACCAAGGAUGGAACGACUACCGUUUCCACUGAGCAGCAGGUGGUAGCAAACACAGCGACAGAGGAACGGCACAGAAAACCUGGCUCCGAAACAGCAGCCGUGACUCUGGAUAUGUCUCCGACUCUACGUACCGAAGUAUUUAAAACGACCUACACGUAUCUGACUUUGAACACAGAUCAUCCGGAUGUGAAUGAUGCCUUAGAAAGUAGUACGAAAGUCAUAACGAACACGGUUACCGCGCCGCAACAUUACCUAGACAUGAUUCUCGAGCCAUCAGAGGCUCCGCGACCGGAAACCAAUACAUAUCUCAGUACCAGAGUGUUAGAAAAGACAUUUAUGGAAGAAGGUCGGACGAAAACAGAGACGGUCAGCGACACGAUUACCCAGUUGAUAGUGACAGAAUCAGCACCUCCGCCGCGACCAACCAGCGUCACAACUACCCUGACAGCCUUGGACAACACCGACGGUAGCGUGACAGAUAUGACUAAGACGUAUUACAUCACGUACACGUAUUUCAAUACAUUUUUGGAGAAAGGUAGCACGGUAGUUCGCACGAACGUAGCCACGUCAACCGACGUGGUACUGGAGAAAGUGCCGGUGCGAAAAACGACCAUGAAAACAACUCCGGUUAAUCCUACGCCGGAGCCUAUACAGAUCUUUGCUACUAAAACAUACCUUACUACAUUCACUUACUUCACGACUUUACUACAGGCUGGCCCGGAUGGUGAAACGUCAACGACCGUGACGUCUCGUUCGCAUAUCGUUGAAAACGUUGUGACGGAGUCAAUAGCCCCGAGUUUAUUAGACGCCGGAUAUAUGAACGCCCUAUUGACGACCGCACAUCAUUCCGAUCCGGUGAAAAACGUCGUCACGGGCUCGACUAUUAUCUUCUUUGACGAGGAGGACCAGAUCGAUGCAACUGCGACUACGAAUCUUCCACAAUCAACCUCUACUGCGGAAAUAAAAAAGCACGAAAAAAGUCCUACGAACACGACAAGUGUGGACAAGUCAACGGAAACGACGUCGGAGGAUGCUAGCUCUGAUAUAAAGCCAGAAGAUUCAAUUGAUAAAAAGGAUAAUAAUGGUACUACGCUGUCAAGUGACGGACCACAAAAUAAGCGGCCGAGUUCUCAAUCCGGAGACGAUGGUUCAGUUAGUAAGCCUCUCCUUAGUCUGGGUUCCUUAGGAAUAAACAGCUUAUCCGCUUUGGGACCAGUAAUCACAGCGAUGGCCGGAUUAUUGCAAGGAAAAACCGCGGCUACUCGUAGAAACGACAGCGUGCCUGUCGCAGAGAUCCAGGAAGUUACAACGCAACGAUCACCGAUCUACAUACCCGUCGCAGAAUUUGCUGACGGUGAUAUAGAAACCGCCGAAAGCCAACACAUCGCUGCCCAUCUGGCAAAUCUCAAUCAUAAUUAUAUCGCCGAGACGCGCCACAAGGUGACCAGCAGUCUCGCCGACGGUAUACCGAUAUCUCCGGGUGAAGUAAUCACCGCAAACAGCGAUGUUAUCAUAGGAAAACCGGGCAAAAUGGCGCCAAGACCGCCGCAGACGUAUCUAAAGGACGAAGGGCACAUCGGCAUGAAACCACCACCGAUACCGGUACCGAAUAUUCCGGUACAUCCUGUAUUAGAGGUCCUGGAGAACGAUGACGACGUACAAGCUCAACAAACCGCGCAAGACGCGCAAGUGCAGAUUUUGCCGGCCCAUCAGGUUUACGAAGAACAUUUGAAAGUACCGGUUUCCAUUCCUCUCGAUGCGAAUCAUCCGACAGGUCCUAAGCAGCCUCAAAAACUGCUUCCCGUUCAAUCGUCACCGCCUAAAAGAAUCACAUCGAAGCAGGAUAUUCUGGAGAACGAUCCCUUGCUAAAGCCGCCCAACAGACCAAACGUAGAACAGUACGCGAAUCCUAAUGUAAAUCACAAAAUUCCGGAAUGGAAUCCGGAUAAAUAUAGAAGACCCUGGAGCGCCAAAGAUCCCUUAACGCCACCUGCGAGACUUGACGAAAUUCAUCCGGACAAGUCAAACGAAAAACCACAUCCGACUUCGGUCAUACCUUCGGGAGAACAGAAACGACCGCCGUGGGCACAAAAAGAUCCUCUAUUACCGGAGAGUUCUAUCAUCAUACAGGAUUCAGAGCCAAAACCGAUUCCUACCGAGCCGAUUGUCCAUCAGGUCCCGCAUGUCAUUGACAGAUCGACGGGGCAACCUUUAUUAGUCAACAUUCAACCCAGUCAAGUAGCUAAUGUCGUAAUUCCUCAAGGCGGCACACAAGCUCUGAUUUUCGGAGAUACUAACGAACCUCAUAUAAGUGGUCAAUAUUUUGACGAUCCAUCGCCUUAUCCAGAACCUGAAGUUGGACCAGGUUUCGUUGGUAUCCAAAAGGGCGAAGAUUUUCCUCAAUAUUCAAAUGAGAAGAAUCCAGCCCAUUACAUGAUUCCCCCAUCACCAUCUACCAACUUCAAGACUUCGUCUCCAAAACCAGGAUUCUCUAAUCGUCCGCACGCUGUUCUAUUGUCACCUAUACGCGGGAGACCGCAGGAAGUGCCAGAGACGCCUGUACUAAGACCCGAUAAGAGACCAUCGGAGAUUCAUUUGAUCAAACGACCUGACGGAUCCGGAAAUUCCGGUCAAGGCCACGUUCAUACAGAAAUUCUUGUACAUCACAAGCCGGAGACAAUAAACGUUCGACCGCAAUCCGCUCCUCAUCCGCCUGCCCAUUCUCAUGCACAUUCCGCCCACCAACCGCCAGUGCGUGGCCAUUUUUCGAAUGGUCAAACCUCGAACCAAGCUCCACCAAGGCGCGUGGAAGUCGCGCCGACCGAAGUUCCGCAUCGAUAUAUAUUCCUAGGAAAGCCAGAUGGAAACGAGAUAACGCUAGGCACCAACUGGAAAUCCGACAAGAAACCAAUCAGAUUCGCUCUGAAUAAUCGACCGAGGCCGCGACCGAGACCGACGACCAAUCGUCCCUUAGAUAGACACGUCUUCGUGGAACGACCUACUGGAUAUCCGCCGAUUAGAAAACCAACGUAUUCUGGACCACAAAGGCCUCCGGUGAAAACGCACAACACCUUUGCGUUACCGCAUCGCCCACCAAUGAGUUCUCAAUCUCAGGAACCUACUCGGAUUACGUCUAAUUUGUUCAAUCUUCAGAUUGACAAUCAGAACAGACCACCGCAUAUUUAUCCGGAUAAGAACGUAGGUAAUGUCGCGUCGCCAACUGAGCAGAACGAUCAUGUGCCUACUGGAGCGAUAGAAUAUCACAAUCCUUUACAUCCAAAUCCGAUAUCAGAGGAAAACAAACAUUCUCAAGUAUCCGCUACGAAAACGCAGCCAGGAGAUAAUCAUGAAAAGUGGCAGACUAAUACAGAGCAAUUGGAUUCUGACAUCGGUGCCUCGGAAUACGUCAAUUAUCAGAAUCAUUAUUACGGAAAAGGAAAUAGGAGUCAAGAAACCGACGAUCAGGAUAAGAAAGGUAUGAUAGAUUCUCAGAGCGUUAACCAAACUCUGAAAUCGCAAACCUUAUAUGGACCAGUUGUUUCCAUCAAUACGGUCGUAGGCAAGCCGCUGGAAGUCGGGCAAGAACAUGAUGUAACUUACGACCGCGAAACAAACGGAAAACCAUUAUUGCAAGGACCUCACGGUUCCUAUAACACCAGACCUUACGAAUUGCCCAUAAUACAAGGCAAACCUUUCGGUGUUUACAAUGGCUACGUGGAUCCGGCCACUCCUUACGGAUACAAGCAACAAGAGGUCAAUAAACCCGAUUACGAAAUAGUUCACGGUAUACCCGCUCCAUAUAAUGAAGAUGCAAAACCAACUACGACCAAGAAGACGCAAGGCGGACAAGUCACGACACUGAACUCACUCGAACGCGACGAUACUAUUGAUUUGAAGCCACCGGCGAUUAUACCUCAAUUCGGCGUUGAAGUAGACAGGCCCGGAAGACCGUAUUCUAGACCGAUUAGGCCUGAUCAAAGACCCGGUUUGACUCGGAUCAAACCAGAGAUAUUAACGAAACCGCCGAUUAAAUUAGAAGUUAGACCCGAUUACAGUGUAAAACGUCCGGAAAAUGUCAAACCGAAUACCGCGGAAAUUUUUGUCAAUCAAACAUUGAAUCACGGAAUAAAAUUAAAUAAUGAUCUUCAUAAUUGGAACGUAGACGUAGCGGUCCCGGAUAUUGUAAAGUCUCAACAGAAAAUAUCGACCGGACAUGAUUUCCGGAUUUCCGAAACGAAAACAGCUGAGAAUAAAAAUAGAACUACAUCUCGUCCGACUGCUGUCGGCAAUAAACGUCCAAGCGUCGUUCGACCGGAGCAUGGAACGUUCACGAGGGUGCACCCGGAAUAUCCUCACAUUUUGACGAAACCGAAGCCUCAAGUGCCGGAGCCGGUAAUCGUUUCAAGCGGUACUGCGGGACUGGAAACGCACGGUCGCCCGAACAAGUUCUCCAUGUCGGUCGAGGCUACGGGCGAGGAAAUGGACAGUAAGACGCAAACCGAGCGGCCACCCAGUAUGUUAGUCACGAAAAAUAAUCCACCGCAUAAUAAAAAGAACGAUGAAACUCUGGACACGGCGUACCAGACGAACUUUGCCUCCUCGGAUUCUCAAGGCGAGCAGGACAAAAUCAAGGAAACGAACGUUCCCUCUAGAACCAUGAUGCCGCCGCCUCUGAACGUGGGAUCAAAUCAAUCGAAGAAGAAAGAUCAAGAGGGACUUAAACCACCGCCACCGCCGUCGAGCGACGUGCUCGGACUUUCGCCACCCCCGGUGGACAUCACUACAACUCAUGUGCCGGUAGAGGAUAGAUUCGCUUUAAUGACGACCGAUGAGUCAGGCUUGAAGCCGCCGAAAUAUGUACCUUUGAAAGAAUCGACGGCGGUUGCACGACCCAGCACAAAUAUGGUUCCGCCCAACCCGAGACCGUCGCUCACAAGACCUUUCCUCGUAGAAUUAUUGUCGCAGGACAUGGUGCCGCCGCCACCGAUAUUGACAACUACGAGACCGCUCGAGAUUGCUACUGUGAGACCAGCUGUCGCGGUUUCCGGUUCCAUACAGAUAGCCACUGCCGUCGCGACGUCUCAUAUCCCGGUAAUCCAGGAUAUCGAAUCAAAAAUCCCAAUUAUUCACGGCACCGUCGACCUGCCAGUCGUAGUCGACGUCCCCGAGAUCCUCAGGUCUGUGGAAACGCGAAGGACCGAACACGUUAGCAUUUACACCGUGCGACCGUUUGAUACAAGACCCGUGUCUAGAAUCCCCAUUCAAUCGACAUCGACGUUGUCCACAAAUAUAGUAAUACCGACAAAGCUGCGACCACCUCAAGUAGAUCACAUUCACCCGAGCAGAUCAUCGACGAUCCAUCGCGAUGUCGAUCCGACGAGAACGUACGUUUUGGACAUCCCACCAAAUCCUGUUAAGCGACCCGAACAUCCGGUAUUCUUGGAAUCCAGCCACGAGAGCGUUCUACCGUCGACGAGAGUGGAGCCUACCGAGUCUUUGACAUUCAUCGUAGGAACGGAUAAAAACCAGCAUUCGACGAUAUCGAACGUCAAGACGCAAAGACCGCAAGUAACCGAAUACAGUAUCGUGAAUAAAACGGCGGACAAAGAAUCAUCCGUGGUCGUCACUAGAGUCGAUAGUUCGAUCACUAAAGUAACCAGUACGUUGAUACCAACGCCGGGCAAUAAGACGCGUUCCGAGGCAAGCAACUCGACCACGCAGUUUACGAAGAACAUUAUAAAGACCCCCAGUACCGUCGUCAGGGAUCAAUCCAACGCCACUAUACGUACGAAGCCAAAAGAGGUGACACGAUUCAAAACAUCGACAGUGACGAGAACUAAAACAUCGGUGUUGGGCUCACCGCCAACGACGAGAACGCUUUUACUCACGCACACGAUGACCACGACGACUGUCGAGACUGUGACGGAAACGUUGCUGCGUCCGACAAGCGUGGUGUCCACGAUAACUUCGACGAUUUUACAACCAAUCGUUACGAGGGUACCCUCGACGUACGACAACGUAGCGGAUAAUGACUCCAUAUUUGUCGUGAUGAGCGAUCAGAACCCACCUGCGCCCGGAGCAGAAGAGUUAAUCUUCUCUUAUCAAAUAUAAAAAUUACAUAGACGGCAUAUUUCGCUUGAAUUUUAGGUGGAGGCUGAAUACGGGGAAGAAGUUUCUCGCGACGAGCAGGAUCCAACGGGCAACGAAAUUCACAGAGUACUUUCGGGUGGAGUGCUUGGCGCGCCGAUAGUACCUCUCACGCCAGUUGCGAGCCAAUGCACACCGGAGUGUAAAUCAACCAAAUCUGAGAUAUGCGCCGAAGUAGGAACCGAGAUGAGGUGCGUCUGUCGGCCAGGGUUCGCGAGAAUGUUCCCGGAUCGCCCUUGCAAACCGACCUACACGUACACGUUGCGCGUCGGUCUGGAUCGCAUCGGUCAUGAAUUCGUGGCGUAUGACACCGCCUUAAACGACUCUACGUCGGCAACUUACAAACGUCUGGUAGUUCCGACGAAGGAUGCUUUGGAUAGAACUUUAAUGCAGAGCGACUUGAGAGAUGUGUACAGAGGCCUCAAGAUCGCUGGAUUCAUCCCGGAUCCUACAAAGGUCGAGUUUCACGUGCAGCUGAGCGAUAACGCUAACGAGACCAGAUUGAAGGAGGUCCUUCGGAAAUAUUUAGUCGGAAGCAAUUACAGCUUAGGCGGCACAGAGGUCUACGCUUCAAAGAAUCUUGAUUCGAUCGAGGCGGCCGAUUUUGACGAAUGCGCUUCCAAGGAGGGCGGCCCGCAUCACGACUGUUCGCCCCACGCGGCGUGCUUCAACUUACGAGGAUCCUAUCAAUGUUCAUGUAGAGAAGGCUGGGCUGAUUUAUCGGAAAAUCCAGCAUAUCCCGGAAGAGUGUGCUCACAGGCACCACUGGGAUGUGCUGGCUGCAAUAAUAAAGGUCAUUGCGUCACCAAUUCUCUCGGUCAAGACGUAUGCGAGUGCUUCCCUUGGCACAGCGGUCAACGAUGUCAAGUUAAUCUCAAAGUACUGUUAAUAGCUCUAGUGACGACCGGCGCAAUUCUGCUGGGUCUCCUAGCGAUCUGUGUGGGAAUGACGUGCUUCCGUCAUCCGGGACGCGAUCGGAAAACCGGCGAUAGACGGGCAAUGAUUCCCGGAACGGGUGGUGAUACCAGCAGCGAAGGUAGCGUCACUGACUUGGCGAUACCUCAUCACGUACCCCACGUUUUACCACCGCCGCCGCAAAUGCUAGCUCCCUUGCCACCGAACAAACGACCAGUUCGUAAGAUUAGCGCGAAACCUCGUCAUCCACCCAGAAAAGCUACUAUGAUGCCCGCAGCGAUGCCGAUCAACGACGAACAGCGUGAUCGCUCUUUAACGGUAAUGAUCCCACGCGCGAAAUAUCGAUCGGCGCCGCAAUCACCGCAAAAUUACAAUAAGACCAUCAUGAGUACGUUCGCCGCUGAGGAACACAAACUCAUAAGCUAUCUCGACAAUGGCACGAGCCAUUGUCCCGCUAAUAGGAAACAAAGUAUAUCUAGCACGAAGGACUGCAAAGAAGCUGAUUUUCAAGGCGCGAGAAACCCGAUGACACCCACGGGUGCUCUCGUGAGUGCCGGAUUUCAGGUAUCAGCGACGGUGACCCGUACCAUGGACGCUGAAUCCACCCUGGCGCGUUCAUGCGGCGAGACCACUGUGGAACCAGCGACGAAGGUACUGAGGAGCGGAGAUCUUCAGGUUGAUCUCGACUCGACACUGGCCCGCUCGUGCGGCGAGACAACCAUCCAAGCUCCGACGAAGCUCCUCAGAUUGGACCUAGGCGAGGCUGGUUCCACUCUGGCGAGAUCGUGCGGCGAAACGACGAUCCAACCGCCGACAAAAGUCGCCGCCGCCCGAAGGAACAGCGUCAAGGAUAACAGGGAUAACAGGGAUACCAGAGACAGCGCCAGCGAGGGUCACACCAUGGCUGAGCGUGACUUAGGCAGCACAUUGAGACUUCCAGCGCAACACCCGCCAUUGUACAGCCCGGAUAGGACUAGCGAUCGAGAAUCCAACUUCGAUUCUCUAUAAACACUCAAACGAGAACGAGUCACGACGGGAAGAUUGAUUGUGGACGAAGCCGCUGGACGGUAUUCUCCGAUUAGAUUUAUGGAAUCAUUGUACGUCGAAAUCUGCCGCUAUCAAAACACGCGAAGGAACAUAUUUCAUUUCAUAUCGUUUUAUUUAUUUAUCGCGAUUGUUAUAUGUUUUUAGCUUUUAUUCUUAUUACGGUACAUUUACUUGCCAUGUGU